AUGGCCGCCUCUCCAGUAACUCUGUUAAUACUCGGUGCCGGCAACCGUGGCCGUGCAUACGCCAAGUAUGCGCGGGACAACCCCAAUCUCGCCAAGGUUAUCGCUGUUGCUGAGCCGCGCCCGGAACGUAGGCGGGUUUUCGCUAAGCCUCAUCAUAUCCCGGAUGAGAUGCAAUUCGCUGAUUGGAAGGAGCCACUCUCAAGGGGUAAGAUUGCCGAUGCAGUCAUCAUCGCUAUAUUAGAUAACUUGCAUGUCGAAGCUGUCGCGGAAUACUCCAAGCAAGGAUAUCACAUCCUCUGCGAGAAACCUAUGGCAACAAAUGUUGCCGACUGUAUCAAGAUGUUCCGAGAAAUCACCAGCCUACCUAUUCCAAAGGUGUUUGGCGUUGCUCACGUGCUGCGAUAUUCGCCCUAUAACCAAGCCAUUAAGGAAGUUAUUGACUCUGGCGCAAUCGGCGAGAUUAUUAAUAUUCAGCAUAUUGAGCCAGUAGGAAGUCGACAUUUUGUGCACUCAUAUGUCCGAGGAAACUGGCACAAAGAAGCAGAUUCCACUUUUGCUCUUAUGGCAAAAUGCUGCCACGACAUCGAUAUUCUCUCUUUCUAUCUCUCGGGCUUGAAGCCUUUGAAGGUCCAUUCGUUUGGGUCUCUUUCGCAUUUCAAGAAGUCAAAAAAGCCAAUUGAAGCGGGCGAUGCAAUAAGCUGCCUUGACUGCCCAUAUGAGUCUCAGUGUGCUUGGAGCGCUAAGAAGAUAUACUUGGAGACCCUAGGACGAGAAGUGAAGCAGUAUUCGCAAAAGAUAGUCGACGCGGAAAUACCCGAUAUUGAGAAUGUCACCGCAGUUCUGAAAUCAACUGCAUAUGGAAAAUGCGUUUAUGAAUGCGACAACGAUGUAGUUGAUCACCAAGUCGUCAACAUUGAGUAUGAAGGUGGCGUUACUGCUAGCAUGACUAUGUCAGCCUUUACUGAAAGUGAAUGUUAUCGCGGCACUCGUAUUCAAGGAACUAAAGGAGAACUAAUCGGAGACAUGAUAACAUUUGACGUUUUUGACUUUGCCGACCGCACAUCAAAGCAUUUUGCUCCAAGGCAGGAUGGUGGAAACCAUGGUGGUGGGGAUAAAGGAAUCUCGGAGGCUUUUGUGGCCUCAGUUGCGAACAACAGCCAAGUAGAGCUCAGAGUGACGCCUCAAGAAAUAUUGGAUUCUCAUCUUUUAGUUUUUGCAGCCGAAAAAUCACGACGAGAGGAACAAGUUAUCAAUUUCAGUCAGUUUGAAGAGGACUGCAUGUUGGGUAAGGAUGUUGGAUUUUAG